CCCUACUGUUCAUAAGCAAGAAAGAAUCCUUCUUGUUUUCCAUUUCUCCCCCAGCAAUGACCCCAGAAGACUCCCUCAGAUCUCUUUCCCUAGACUACCUCAACCUCCUCAUCAACGGCGAGGCCUUCAGCGACGUCACCUUCACAGUCGAGGGCCGCCUCGUCCACGCCCACCGCUGCAUCCUCGCCGCCCGCAGCCUCUUCUUCCGCAAGUUCUUCUGCGGCCCCGACCCGCCUUCCGCCCUCCCAGACCCCGUCGGCUGCCCCCAGGCGGCAGCAGCGGCGGCGGCGGCGGCGCGCCACCACCCGCCGAGGCCUCCGCCGCCGGGGGUGAUCCCGGUGAGCUCGGUCGGGUACGAGGUCUUCCUCCUGGUGCUGCAGUUCCUGUACAGCGGGCAGGUCUCGAUCGUACCGCAGAAGCACGAGCCGAGGCCUGACUGCGGCAACAGAGGGUGCUGGCACACGCAUUGCACCUCCGCCGUCGAUCUCGCCCUUGACACCCUCGCCGCCGCGCGAUCCUUCGGCGUCGAACAGCUCGCACUGCUCACUCAGAAGCAAUUGGCAAGCAUGGUAGAGAAGGCCUCUAUAGAAGAUGUAAUGAAGGUACUGAUUGCCUCAAGAAAGCAGGAGAUGCACCAACUUUGGACUACUUGCUCCCACCUCGUCGCCAAAUCUGGCCUCCCGCCUGAAGUCUUGGCCAAACAUCUCCCCAUCGACGUCGUGGCCAAGAUUGAAGAGCUCAGGCUGAAGUUGUCGAUGGCUAGGCAAUCCAUAAUGCCACACCACCGCCAUCCCCACGAAGUGAGCAUGGCCGCUGAGCUCGAGGACCAAAAGAUCCGGCGGAUGAGAAGAGCCCUCGACUCUUCCGAUGUUGAGCUCGUGAAGCUCAUGGUCAUGGGCGAGGGCCUCAAUCUAGACGAAGCGCUAGCGCUGCAUUAUGCUGUUGAGAAUUGUAGCCGGGAGGUCGUCAAGGCAUUGCUCGAGCUUGGGGCGGCGGAUGUUAACCACCCGGCAGGGCCCAAUGGCAAGACCCCACUCCACCUUGCCGCGGAGAUGGUCUCCCCGGACAUGGUGGCAGUCCUACUUGACCACCAUGCAGAUCCCACCGUCCGCACAGCCGAUGGCGUGACACCUCUCGACGUGCUCCGAAACCUAACCUCCGAUUUCCUCUUCAAAGGGGCGGUCCCGGGUUUAGCCCACAUCGAGCCAAACAAGCUCAGGCUAUGCCUGGAGCUUGUCCAAUCGGCUGCCCUCGUGAUCUCGCGAGAAGAAGCCGGGAAUGCCAACACGAACACACACGCAUCUAGUACCACAACUAUCUACCCGCCGAUAUGCGGCGACGAUCAUAGCAGUGGCAGUAGCGGCAACAACAUGGGCAACAUUAACCUUGAUUCGAGAGUGUACCUAAAUCUGGGCACACAAAUGGGGUCUAGAAUGGAUGAAGAUGAUCAAAGUAGCCAAAAUAGCCAGAGGGAAACCAUGAAUUUGUAUGGUUCUCAUGGUUUGUAUCGUCACUCGCACGAGUUCUAGCUACGCCCAGGUUCAGGCUCAAGCUCAAUUAUCAACACAUAUAAUAGGAGUUAAGUAAAUUCUCAUCUCUUGCUCUCCUCCGUAUCUUGAUCUUCUUCUCUUUAGGGUGGUUUUUUCUUUUCGGCCUGGUGUUAUGUUCUUGCUUGCAUAGGUCUUUCAACGAUCAUCAUCACAUGAUGAAGUUCAGUUUUUUCUUUCUUUUUGGCUGGAGAUGAUGUGAGAUCUCUCAUGGAACGAGACGAGAGGAAUCUCUGAGUAUUUUGGCUACUCUCUUUUGGCAGUGAUGGAGGAGACGCAGGUCAAUCUUUUCAAUCCCAGGCCUGUCAACUAGAUCUUUUGUAUUUUAUUGAAUAUAUAUAUCACUUUCAAUGUCCACAUAUAAUUAUUUUGACCUUUA